AGAAUCGAUAGAAUCCAAAUCUCCUGAAAAUGGUGGUGUCACUGAAUGAUAUUCGUCUUUAUCUUUCCCAGGGGACUUAUGUCAAACACCAGCAGGCUUCGAAGCGGAGUGUUAGGGCCGCUGCUGGGAACUUCUGUCUUCGUGAAGAGGUCCUGUACCAUGGGAACAGAAGGGUCAUUUGGACAGAGGAGGAGAAAGUGGCUGUGUUAACCGAAGCCCAUGCAGGCUAUUUUGGACCACGGAGGAUGCAAGCGAAGAUUGCUCCCCGGUUUUAUUGGCGGUCCAUCACACAGGACACAUUGGAUUGGGUGAGCAAGCUCCUAGAAGGAAGAUAUUUGCUUUUAAUUUUUAUUUUUAGUUGAAACACUCAGGUGCGCGCAUGUCCUGACUGCCAGCACUUUGAAAAGUUAAAGACCGAGGCGCCUGAGCUGAAGCCCGUCAAGGUCGUAUCACCUUGGUACAUGGUUGGCCUUUAGGGACAUUUUCUUUACUCAUGGUUUGCCUGAAGUUAUCCUCACUGACCAGGGCACUGAAUUCAAGAAAGAGAGUUAUGGAGGUUAUUCCAAACAAUAUGGUUAGGCUGGAGACCCUGGAUGGAAAGCCCAAGCAUAUGAUGACCCCGUAUGCAUCACUGAAACCUCUGCGCCCGAGGACUCACCCUGGCUGGCCAAAGGAUUCCCCUUCAGCCCCUGUGCUUCCAGGAGAUGCUGAAAUGCUGACUUCAUCAUCGGAGGAGGAAACUGAGUGUCAUUGUUUCACGGACCAUACAUAUGCUGGCCCCGCAUCACCCUGGAAAAAGGAGCUGCACCCCGACCAGAAACAACUGCUCGAGUAUGUUUUGGCCUGCGAUCGUCCAGCUAUGGAACUGAUCGUUAAAGAGGGAGGGGUGUGUUUAACCCGAGAAGAGUUUUGGUCUCUCGGGUUGUCCAGAGACAUGGACUCCACGGAUGGGAAAUGCUUGCCUCCAGCUGGUUCAGGAAGCUGCUCAGAGACAUGGCAAAGAUGUCUUCAUUGCCAACAUGUAUAUUGUACCAACGUGGAAGCACAAAGACGUCGAUCCAAUGUCAAGCCUUCCAAGGGAUGCACAUCUAAAGGAUGCACUCCUCUUCCCAGCGUGGAGCAAGCACAACAUUACCUUCUCUGUCUGGAGCUGCAGGCACCUCUGCUAACCCCUCUGCUGGCAGCAUGCUCAGACACGCCUCUGCUCGUGCUGAGCACAACACGCCCACACAGCAACAAGCCUGCAAGCAAUCAAUGAUCAGCGCACCUGGACUUGACGAGGGGGAGCGGCAUAAAGACCAGCGGACCUGAGGAACCUUUGCCAGAACGUCGCUCCGUGAUCGUGCCUUGUCACUCCAUACCCAUCCGGAUUCCUGACUGCUCUCCCUGAUCCACGGCCUCCCUGCUCGGAACCAGACCACUAGUGAUGGGUUGAUGAGGCCUCAUUAAGCGUUUCGACACAUUGCAAAACUGUAUUGUAGUGAUGGGUUGAUGAGGCCUCAUGAAGCGUUUCGACACAUUGCAAAACUGUAUUGAUACUGUGUCGAUACUGUGUCACUAAAUACUGACAUCUGCUGGACAUUAAAAAUCCCUACAGGCAACCUAUGGACCGACUCAACUGACACUGAUUUUAUGACCUAGUAUAUACAAUAAUAUAAACCAAGUCAUUGUAUUUCAUUUAGGAUUAUUUCAUAUCUUCAUUUAAAUAAAAAUAUAUUUUUAUCUUUUUUAGAUACAGUCAAAUAAUGUGAACAUGUA